AUGGGCGACAUGGGAACGGACAAAAUAAGCCCCGCCACCGAACAGAAACCGACGUGGGAAAUGUCUCUGGGCCAGUUUCUGGACCAAGCAGUCAAGCGAAGUCCAGAUAAGGCGUACCUGCAAAUUGCAGGGCGAAGCAUUACCUACCGGCAGCUUUAUUCUAGGGUGAAGCAAACGGCCUCGUUGUUCCAGGGGCUCGGGAUUCGACGGGGAGACAGGGUAUGUUUGUUCUUGCCGAAUGUACCCGAGUUUCAUUACUGCUGGUUUGGGCUUUCACUUAUUGGCGCCAUCAGCAUUCCGGUGAACACUGCAUACAAGCGGGACGAAGCCGCGUAUAUUUUCGAUAACGCCGGAGCGACCGCAGUGGUUGCUCACACAACACUACAAAGCGUGGCUGAUGCGGCGUCUAACCUCACCGCCAGCGUAAAGCAUCGACUGCUGGUGACUACUCCGCUUGAAUCUGAGGACGCCAGCUCCGCCGACCUUGUCACAGGUCAGGAAGGCAUCAAUCAAGAUUUGUGGGCAAAGUUUGACGACGCGCUGUCCGGUGCCCCUGAAUUGGCCGAUGUGCCUGAUAUCUCUGCCAAUGAGAUAUCAAUGCUGGUUUACACUUCCGGCACUACCGGAAACCCCAAGGGCGUCCAGGUAACGCACCUCAUGUACGUUACCGCGGGUCAAGGGUUUGCCCAUUGGACGGAAGCUACCGAAGAAGACAGAUUCUUCACCUGUUUGCCCUUCUUCCACGCCAACGCCCAGUACUACUCCACCAUGGGGUCCCUGGCCGCCGGAGCCACGUUAGUUGUCGAAGAACGGUUCAGCGCCUCUCGAUUCUGGGACCAGGUCAGGAAGGCAGACGCGACCGUAGUCAACUUUAUUGGAAUGAUGAUGCCGGUACUGGCGAAACAGCCGGAAUCGGCCCAGGACCGUACCAACAAUGUCAGGCUGUUCUACGGUUCCCCCGCAUUUUCACCCGAGUUUCUUCAGGCAUUCAAGGACAGAUUCGACACGGAAAUCAUCGUGGGUUUCGGAAUGACUGAAACCUGUUAUGGAGCGAUAGAGAAAAUCGGGCAUCCUCGGCGCCCCAAUUCAUCGGGUCAGCCCAGGCUCCAUCCGGAUCCAGGAUUUGUGAACCAGAUCAGAAUUGUGGACGACGAAGGCAAUCCUCUGGACACGGGCCACCCUGGCGAAAUUACUAUCAAGAAUCCGGCAGUGAUGCACGGAUACUGGCGCAAUGAGGAACAAACUAGCCAGGCCCUCAGAGACGGGUGGCUCCACACCGGCGACCUGGGAUGGCAGGACGAGGACGGAUUCCUUUACUUCGUAGACAGGAAGAAGGACGUGAUUCGCCGGAGAGGGGAGAACAUCUCCUCCCAGGAAGUUGAGGACGUGAUCAAGCGGCACCCUACGGUCUUGGACUGUGCUGUCAUCGCCGUGCCGUCGGAGUUGGGAGAGGACGAAGUCAAAGCUUACGUGACGCCAAGACUCCCGGCCCAAGUUGACCCGAGAGAGAUAGUUUACUGGUGCGCAGAAAAUCUGGCGUAUUUCAAGGUCCCCAGAUACCUGGAAGUUCGUGAGGAACUGCCACGCACCCCCAGCCUUCGGGUUCGCAAGGACUUGCUGAGGCAGGAACUGGACAACCUGGUUGAAGGUUGUUUCGACCGGGAGGCUGAGGGCAUCCGCAUCAGGUGA